GUUCAUGUGCGUUCAAUCUGACAACAGUUCCUGUUUAUAUUUGCUGUCAAAGUGUUUUUAUGGCGCGUUAAUCGGAACGAACUUCAGUUUUAAUAGGUAAAUUACACAUUUAACGUACAGUUUCAGUCGUUAAAUGUCAAUAUUGAACGCAGAGAAUGUAUUAUUUCGCUCAAAUGCUACACACAUAACUUCGGCUUUUUAAUGCACAAGCCGACUGAUUAUUAAAUCUUAAAAUAUGAGGAAUUGUCAUUAAUGUGAGACGUUUGAGAGCUGUUAGUCAAAAAUCAUCAGGCAGUAAAGGAAGUGGCUUAUAUGUCUAAAAAAACAACAGCCGACAGUGACUCACUUCAUGACCUCUCCACCAUUUUUGCUAACUUUUAGUAUGUAGGUUAUAAACGAGGUGUGAAGAAUAAUAUAUAUCACCAGCAAUCAUAAACACCGGCCUUCUGGCCGACACUGAUGUGUGUGAUCGUCGGAUAUCUGCGAGUGAACCGCCAAUGUCUGUGUCCGCCCUGAGACUGAUCCGCGUGCGGAGGCUGAGCACCACCGGACCCGCUGUGAAGAGAGCACUGCCAUGGAGAGACCUCAGAAGAAUAGCAAAAGUGACUGGAGCGAUAGUAUUUGGAGGCUGUGUUUUCAUUACAUAUGAGGUGGUUACUCUUAACCAGGCCUUGACUAUCGACACCAGUGCCAUAUUACAGGAGAAGCAGAAGUCCUACAUCUACCCGACUCACAGCACUAAUAGGGAGCAGGAGAGCCUUGCUUCUGGCCUCACAGUCAAAACCAGAAAGGAGCUUCAUAAAGCAGCUAGAAAGUUUCUUGAAAUUACAUCAAGAGUUCUGCAUCACCCACUGGACGAGCAUCUCAGUCAUCUAGAUGCAGAUCCUCAUGAGUGUGCUCUAUGGGUGUUGUUGAAGAGAAGUUGCUCUGCUGACAGGGCAGUAAGACAUCUGGCGGUGCAGGAACUGGCUCACAAUCACCACUGGCAGGAUUAUCAGUACCAGACUGCAGCACAGGUGGUAGAUCAGCGCACAGCAGUGGCCCUCGCACGCAUUCCUAAUGUGGACCUGCGCUUCUUUCUCCCUCCUCCUCCACUGCCGCAUACUGAGGAUGAUAUAUCAAUAGAAGAUGGACUCAGGCAGUUACUGGCAUCUCUGCCCCAGUCGGAGGUGGAUCAGUGCGUGCAGUACUUCACUUCCCUGGCACUUAGAGAAAGCAGCCAAUCACUCGCCUCUCAGCGGGGAGGUCUGUGGUGUUUUGGGGGAAAUGGAUUGCCCUACGCUCAAAGUCUGACUUCUACCCCUUCUGAGAAGGUGGAGACGUUCUGCCUGCAGGCCCUGGUGCAGCAUUCAAAGGUCCGCAGUCAUUGUGACCAUAUUGUUGCUAAUGGAGGAUUGCAACUCUUGCAAAGAGUCUACCAGCUUCGCAGAGACUCUCCCAAAAUUCAGCGCAACAUUGUGCGAAUUAUUGGAAAUCUCGCCCUGAAUGAGAAUGUGCACACAACCAUAGUACAGUCAGGUUGGGUGUCUGUCCUGGCUGAGAUGAUCCAGUCACCACACAUUAUGCAGGCAUCUCAUGCUGCUCGUGCUUUAGCCAACUUGGACAGAGAUGCAGUAAGGCAGAAGUACCAGGAUGGUGUUUACAUUUUACACCCACAAUGCCGAACCAAUCAGCCAAUCAAAGCUGAUGUCCUUUUUGUUCAUGGCCUCUUGGGAGCUGCUUUUAAAACAUGGCGUCAAAAGGAUCGUGAUGUGACGGAUGAUGAGAAGUUAGAAGGAGUCAGAGAGGACUACACUGAAUGCUGGCCCAAGUCAUGGUUAGCAGCAGACUGUCCAAACCUCAGAAUCCUGUCGGUUGAGUAUGACACACAUUUAAGUGACUGGAACUCUAAAUGUCCUGUCGAAAAUCAAAGGAAGUCGUUGGCCUUCAGGAGUCAGGAACUGCUGAGGAAGUUGAAGGAUGCAGGUGUAGGAGAAAGGCCUGUGAUUUGGGUAGCCCACAGUAUGGGAGGCUUACUAGUGAAAAAGAUGCUUUUAGACGCCUCAAAGGAUCCUGAUCUCAGUUCACUGAUCAAGAACACAAAGGGAGUUCUGUUCUACAGUGUUCCUCAUCACGGCACCUUCAUGGCAGAGUAUUCAGUGAGUGUCCGAUUCCUUCUGUUUCCCUCCAUCGAAGUCAAAGAACUGUGUAGAGACUCUCCAGCAUUACGGGACUUAAAUGAAAAUUUCCUCAACAUCGCAAAGGAUCGUGAGUUCAAGGUUCUUAGCUUUGCAGAAACUGUGCCAACCUAUAUUGGACCAAUGCUCAAAAUAUUGGUGGUUCCAGCCCAAUCGGCGGAUCUGGGUAUUGGAGACCUCAUCCAGGUGGACGUUGAUCAUCUCAACAUCUGCAAGCCAGAAAAGAAGGACACGUUCCUUUAUAAACGUACUUUACAGUUUAUUCAGGAUGCUCUUGGGGGACGUAGAAUUAAGUGAAAGUCUUUACAGUCUAAAUCUCUUUCUUGAGGAUUCAAGCGUUACUUUUAAAACAAUAGUGUUAUCUAUGACUGCCAUGACGGAAGGAAGUUUUACAAUUGCAACUGGAGCUUUUUGGACGGCUCAACUGUAAUCUCCUGCACAUUCACAAUACCACUGACAUUUCACUUGUAUUAUUGUUAUUAAUAUUAUUUAUUCUGGCCAUAUGAAUAUGUAUUAUGGUUAAUCCUUGUUUACCUUUUAAUGUGUUUCACCCUUUCAUGGCCUUGUACUGUAUUUCAUUUCCUUUUGAAUGAGCACUGGUUGGCAUUAAUUUUAACUGGACAUAACAAAAAGAAAGGAUUAUCAGACUUGGUGUUUACUACAUCACUGCACAUUUUUAAAGUCGGUUUUAUUUAUAAUAUUUAUUUUAUUUUACUUGAACAAAAUAGACAUGUUUAUGAAAACUUGCCUUGUUUUCUUAAUUCACCAGCUUUCUUUCUACUACCUCAGACACACAGGUACUGAUGUUGCUGUAAUUGCCAAUACAUUUGUACUAUUUCACUGACCACAGUACUUUAUUUUGCCAAAUCUUUGUCAUGUGAAUAAAGUUUUGAAUCCUAA